AUGACUAAGCCUGGACACGACCCGAAAGAGGCUACUCUGACUUCCGGAACGUCCGUCGUCCAGGCGCUCAGGUUAACGUUGUCGCCAGCCCUUCAACAACAACCGUCUACACGUGUGAUUCUCGCUGCCAACGCCUCUUUGCGACGAGCAGCACCCACUCUCUCGUCGAAUACAAUGUACAGGAGCCAAUCCCCAACGCAGUCGAGUACCUCUGUGUCCGAUAACGAAGAGGACGACUAUAAUAAAUCUGCAUUCUUCCCAUCCCCCGACGCUCUUGCCAUCUCUCCUGCUCAGUGGUCUUCCCGACUACACCUCUUGCCACAUGCCGCCGACACUCCUCCUCGCUGUCAGGCGUCUCGGUUACCCCCCGAAAUCCUCAUACACAUUCUCAAACAUCUCCAUUCAUCGGGAGACUUGUAUCAUGCGCUGCUAGUCUCGCGUGCUUGGUGCGAAUGCUCCGUCGAGCUCCUCUGGUAUAGACCCUCGUUUUCCAAGCUGGGAACCUUGGUCAAGAUGCUGCGAGUGCUGAGUGGGGUCGAUCAGACCUUCCUGUAUGCCCAAUUCAUCCGUCGACUAAACUUCCUAUCUCUCGCACCCGACAUCAGCGAUUCACUCCUUUCACGCCUUGCACCAUGUGUGCGGCUCGAGCGCCUCACACUCAUUAACUGUAACAACAUAUCCGAUGAUGGGUUAAUGCGUGUGCUGCCAUGUUGUCCAAACCUCGUCGCUCUUGACCUUACGGGCGUUUCCGAAGUCUCCGACAGAUCCAUAAUCGCGCUCGCUUCGUCUACAAAGAAGCUACAGGGUAUAAACCUUGGUUAUUGCAAGAAGCUGACGGACAAUGCUAUUCUCUCCCUUGCAGCCGGAUGUCCCCUCCUUCGCCGGGUGAAGCUCAGCAAUGUGGAGCUGAUUACUGAUGAGCCCGUGUCUGCGCUUGCCAAGUCAUGUCCUCUGCUGCUUGAAAUUGAUCUCAAUGAUUGCAGCAACAUCACAGAUAUUUCCGUCCGUGAUAUCUGGACGUACACCACGCAAAUGCGCGAGAUGCGGCUAUCACAUUGCGUCGAGCUCACCGAUGCGGCAUUUCCAACCCCUUCAAGGCCGGAGAUUAUCACUGGGGCAAACCCGUUCCCGUCGUCUAUGGGGUUGUCAUCCGACAAACUCCCUGCCUUGCGCCUUUCUCGUCCUUUUGAGCAUCUGCGUAUGCUCGACCUGACGGCCUGCUCAUUACUGACUGAUGAUGCGAUCGAGGGCAUCAUCUCAGUGGCACCUAAAAUACGCAAUCUGGUCCUGGCGAAAUGCACACUGCUCACGGACGUCGCCGUCGAGAAUAUUUGCAAACUAGGAAAGCAUCUGCACUAUCUGCAUCUUGGACAUGCAGGCAGCAUUACCGACCGCUCGAUCAAGAGCUUAGCACGCUCGUGUUCGCGCUUGCGGUAUAUCGAUCUUGCCAAUUGCUUACAACUCACAGAUAUGUCGGUGUUUGAGUUAUCAAGCCUGCAGAAAUUGCGCCGGAUUGGUCUCGUGCGUGUCAAUAAUUUGACCGACCAGGCCAUAUACGCUCUCGCGGAUAGACACGCGACCCUUGAGCGUAUCCACUUGUCGUACUGCGAUCAGAUCACCGUCAUGGCGGUUCACUUCCUACUUCAGAAGCUUCCAAAGCUCAUUCAUCUCAGUCUGACUGGGAUACCCGCUUUCCGCAGGCCUGAGCUGCAGAAAUUUUGUCGACUUCCUCCCCAGGACUUUAAUUCAACACAAAGGGCUGCGUUCUGCGUCUAUUCUGGGAAGGGCGUUACAGAACUCCGAGAAUAUCUUAUGGUCCUAUUCCAAUCUAUGACGGAUGCCGAUAAUGCCACUGCCACAGAAUAUGACGAUGAAUUUGACGAGGAGUAUCGGGCGCGAUAUCCCGACGACGUUGAAACCGCAGAUGAUGGUGAAGGUGCAGAUGACGGCGAGGACGAGGACGAGGACGAGGAGGGCUCUGCGGAUUCUACUCCGCAUCCUAACCCCAUUCUGUCUCACGGUCCAAGUGGUGUCGUCGAUAACUCCGACUCACGCACACCUUCUCGACCCUCUCCCUCAGGAGCAGUCGUUAGAGAACUAGCCAUGUCAAGAGAUCGUGGAAAUCAACCGGUACCACGGCAAGGCGUUCUCAGCGCUCCCACGUGGCUGAGUGGUCCGUCUUCAUCGACCCGGGUCGCGAGUGUCCCUAGACGUUCUAUUGGUUUUGGCCAACAACCAAUCGUCGAGACAUCAACGUCGCCUGCACCGAGCGAUGUGGCUUCUAAUCGCAGCACAGGCACAAACCAGUCGCAUGGAACCGCGUUCUUCCGCACAUACGCAGAAGCACCUACUUCGGCAAGACAUGGUGUGGUGACACCUGAUCUGGUCUUUGCAGAGAUUGGGCAUGGACGUGGUACUGGACCUGGCCCCAGCACAGUCUUUGUGCAGGGCAAUGGCCGACGUGGGGCCGAGACCGUCAUGGCAGGAACAUCUUAUGGUGUUCUUUCCACGAACUCAGCAGGAUAUGUCAUAUCGCCCACCGGCUCUUCCACAUUUACAGCAGCGCUCUCGGAAGUGUCUGCAACCCCGCAUGGCUUCCGUGCUCCCGUCAACGAUAACGAGGGUCAAAGCGACCACAACCAUGAUACAAGAACCGUCUUGGUAAACUCCUCAAACUCGUAUCAGCAUGGUAUUACUCCUGUCGGCUGGUCACCCAGUCAUCAUCAAGCCGCUUCACGGUCGAUGUCCUCAUCACCGACGACUCGAGAAUUACAUGAGUCCGUCCAAUCUGCCUUCGAGAGUCAGCCCGUACUUGUGGAGAGCCGUGACACUGAUUCGAGAGGACGGAGUGUCAAACGAAGUCUGAGAAAUACGCUCACCGCUGCCGAGCAAUAUGCGAGCUCGUUCUUUUUUGGUGGGCGGGGUUCUGGCGGCAGCUCUCACGAAGGUGCGGCGGGACUUGCAAAUGGUAGAGACGGUGAUCCGCACGGUCAUUAG